AUGCACGCCAUGCGCGCCAUUGCCUUCUUCGCAGUUUCCGUUGCUGCUUUCCAGACUGGCCUGGAGGGUCACCUUGUGGAGCCCGCCCCGUUUGGAGCAGUGGCUGCUCGUGACGAGAGCUGUAGCAAGUUGCCUAAGCUCUGCACAGAUACGGUGCUGCUCCACGGUGGCCAGACGACUCUCACCUAUCUGUGUCCCGAGACCCAGGGUCCAACUGCCACUAUCACUAUCACCUCAACUACUACUCGUACCAUCACUGGCAGCGCCACCCAUGGGUCAUCUUCUGGUCAGGCUGGGGUUUCUGUCUCUGCCUGCGGUGAACUUACCACGACCACGGCAAUCCAGUCAACGACGCAAGUCACCGUUACAGAGAAGGUCAUCGGGGCUAGCACCGCUACCACACCUUCAAUCCUCCCGCCACCGGCUACCAUCACUGCUACUUUUACAGCAAUCCCGCUCUCCGAGCUACGACCGCCAUUCCCCAUCAAGCCAACGUGGUCUGAGUUCAAGAAUGUGUCUACCACAAGUUAUCCAACAGCUACUGGGGCGAGGGCACCCCCGGUCUUCAACUUGACCUCCCAAGUCGUCAACUUCACUUCUUUUGACUUGGUCCCCACCCACGCACCCACUAACUUGUCUUCGACUGUCUACGUUCCCUCGAUUACACUUGCUGUUUCGGUCGCCUACUAUCCAAACUCACCCACUAACAGCACCUCGUCUGGAAUUGGGUAUAACUUCCCCAGCUUGAAUGUCAUCAGGCAGGUCGAGUCUACUACGACUGUCACCACCACUGUCUCUGGCAUCACGACUGAGACAGGCAUGGCUGAUGAGAAUGGCGUAUAUUAUGUCAUGACGACUAGCACAGGUAUGGCUGGCGAGAAUGGUGUCUCUUUCGUUGCGCUAUUCCUCAGUAUGAUGGUCACUGCCUUCAUGUUCUGA